GCAACUUAAAUCUGACUUAUUUCCAACAGUACCAGAGAAGGAAAUAAAAAUACUAAUAUUCAUAUGUCCGAUUUGUCGGAAAGAAUGAAACACACCGGACUGAUCACUGUGUUAGGAUUUCUUUUUGCUUUUACUCAAGCAAAUCAUUUUCGUGGUGGAAGCAUAAGCUGGGAAGCGACGCCGAACAACCCAUUAGAAGUCAUUUUCCGUUACCGGACAGCAUGGAAAUUGUAUAGAGGUCCGUGUGGAUCCAACUGUUCGGUUCAUAGCAUAGGACAAAGAGGUUCUGAUGGUAAUGGAGCAUGGAAGUGUUUAUCAGGGUGUUUAACACAGUUACCUGUACACGACCACGGUUACACCGUGACAGGAGUGAGCACGAGCGAAGACUGGGAACAAGGUGAAGAGACCUUCAACUACACAUUUUCGAACCCCGGAAGUUUUUUGGUCGGUUUUAGAGGGAGUGCUUGGAUCGCUUUGGCUAAUGACAAAGGUAGCAGAUUUUGGAGCGUACAGACCAUGGUGAAUCUUGGCGUCCGCAAUGACACAGGCAACCCUAAUGCCAGUCCAGCCACAUUGAGUCAACCCUUCUACAGGCAAGUUGUUUUUUUAUUAUAUCACUGGCAGUUACAUGUACUUGUGCCUACCGAGUAUUACGCCGUAAUUUCCAGAAUUCGCUGGAGUGAAAAACAUCGAAUUCAUUGAUAUUCAGAACUGCUUUUAGAAAUCGAAUAUCAACUGUUAAAGUAUAAUUAUGUGCCAAUUUUGAGGUUUUGCCAUUUUCUUGCUGUCACUAUUUUACCACCUUUCUUUAUCAAAUUGAAACAAAACAUUAUGUACUGCUAGAUUUGUUAUAUGAGGACACAAAUAAGUUUCAGAUUGUAGAAUAAACUUUAAACAUCCAAUUGUAGCAUGUUGUGGUGAUAGGGACCACAUUUUUUGUUUAUGAUGAACUCGCUUGUGGAAGGUUAAGCCAUGUAAUUAUUUAAGAGUGCAAGCCGGAUGCCCAUUCAAGCUGGAUAUCCCUGUGACCGACGCUGAUGGUGACCAUGUCCGUUGCCGAUGGUCACGAGGACAAGAGUGCGCUUCUGUUUGCGGCGCUCUUCCUGGAGCUAAGUUGUACUCAAAUUGCACCCUGGAUAUCCCACUGAUUGCUGGAUCCAACAGAGCAAGUCCUUGGCUUGCUGCUGCCAUUACUAUAGAGGACUUCCCAGUGUCAGACAUAACGCAGGGUGGUGUCCAUAAGACCUCUGCCACGCCCCUGUCAUCCAUACCAUUACAGUUCUUGAUGAAGAUACAAAGCACUGGCAGGACACAAAACAGACAGGCAUGCGAUGUUAAACCAUCUAUACUGAAUGCAGGCCAAAGCAGCAAACCCUUGCCUCUCCCCUUUGGAAGCCCGUUUAGGAAACGGGUGUUUGCGAAUGCAAGCUCUACGUCACAUCCAAUCGCCGAAAUCAAGGUAUUUGGACCUGCCGGGAUGAAAGUGCUUCCACUUGGAACUCUAAGCAACAUCACAAAAUACGUCGAUGUCUAUUGGACGCCGUCUUCUGAUCAGACCGGGGAGGUCAUCAUCUGUUACCAGGCCAAGGAUUCAGCAGGCAAAUCAAGUGAUUCCGUGUGUGACACAGUCAAGAUAAACGGACCGGUAACCAAAGCACCGGAAAGCAGCACGGUUUCCGUGGAAAAUUUUACCACAGCACAGACAACUGUGAAAAUUACGAACCAACGUGGUGGACAUUCACCUGGUUUCAAAGCGUGGUACUUUGCACUCAUUGCCGUUGCGGCUUUGUGUCUCUUAACUACCUGCUGUGUUGCUUAUUGUUGUUGGAAGAAACACAAGCCAAUGCGCUGCAGCAAAAUACGAGACACAGGAUCAGAAGCGGCCGAAAGUAUCACUGACCUUAAAAAGAAAGCAGAGCCCAACGAAGCCUCAUGCGAAAAGAGACCGAGUCUUGCCUACCCUCCUCCGAAUUACACGUUUGAUGCGGUGUGUGGUGGAAGACGUAGCUUCCAAGAGGCGAUGGUUUCAAUGGACCAAGCAUUUGUUGGAAUGCCUGCUCCCCUGUACGAAGACACCAGUAGUUCCCCCUAUCGUGAAGUUAAUCACCAUGGAAACUACGCAUAUGCCGGCGAUGCAGCCCCAUCCGUUGUCAAGGGGGCGCUUCCACCUCUACGAAUACAGUGUCCACCUGCGUUAACCUCACCUCGAAGAUCACUGCCGCCGAUUUAA